CAGAAAAAAAAAAAAAAGCUCUACUAUGCAAUACAUCAUGUAGACAUGAUUGUUUUGUUUACGUUAGUCAAAGGUCAGGGGUGAAGGGUCAGGAACCAAAGGUGAGGGGUCAAAUGUCAGGAGUCUAAGUCCAGGGGUCAGUGGUCAAGUGUCAGGGGUGAAGGCUCAGCGGUCAAAGGUUAGAGUUAGAGGCCAUGGGUCAAAGCUCAGGGUUAGGGUCAUACGUGGUCAUUUAAAAAAAGUCUUACUGUACAUAGUCAUUAAAAAAAAAAUCGUAUUAUAAAUGGUCACUUUUUAACAAAAAAAGCCUUACUUUCUCGUGAAACCGUAAAUGCUGUUCAAUGUUGGGAGUCACUCCGAACGAUGUCUUUGUGUUGUCUGUCCACUAGAUGGAGCGCUGACUCCGUUAUCUCCAAUCAGCAUCUUGAGAGCCUUUUUCAGCCAUAUCGGUCCAGUGUUUAUUAUUGUUACCUCAUUUAGAAAUGCGUGACAUGCGUUAUCUUUGGAAAAAAAAAAAAAAAAAACCUCCUUGGAUUACGCAGGUGUAGUGUAUUGGCCACGAGUGUAGAGACGUGACCUGCAACUGCACAUGCGCGCCAAGGUUAAGAAAAUAAUAUAGUAUAGACGACUAUCAGUUUUUUCCAGGGAGGGAGACUCCAUUAUUACUGCCUUGGGUCUCUCGUGUGGUAUUUUAAUUGUAAUUACGAUGAUGUCAGAGUGUCCGUCCUCUCUAAUGACUUUCUCACACAGAAAAAAAAAGGGAGGGAAAAAAACAACUUAGACAAGCCUUCCAGCUUCCAUUUCACUUGCUUGUCACACGGACGGAGCCACACACAUUCCGAUCCCGGCAGUAGGUGAGACAUUCAAGCAUGCGCGUCCUUCCACCGCCGCUGCUGCUGCUGCUGCUGCUGCUUCUGCUGGGCCAGAGCUCGGCUCUAAUGCGCGUCGCAGAGACGACGGCCCUGAAUGGCUUCCGCGGCUGCGCAGUGCGAGAGUUCACCUUCGUGGCCCAGAAGCCGGGCUGCAAGAGUGUGCGAGUCACCACGGAAGCCUGUUGGGGGCGCUGUCACACCUGGGAGAGGCCAAUCCUGGACCCUCCCUACAUCCAUCGGCACCACCGCGUGUGCACGUAUGCGCUGACCCGCUAUGCUAGUGCGCGGCUGCCGGGCUGCCAGCCCGGCAUCUCGCCUCUUUAUCACUACCCGGUGGCCGUGCACUGUCACUGCGCCGUGUGCACCACCCUGGACAGCGAAUGUGAGAGCUUCUAACCAUUAUGUCACCAACAUGUGUGAGAUGCUCAUUAAAAUCAUGCAAA